AUGCUGCCGUUGUGCCGCGUAAAUGCAGAGGCGCUGGUGGAGGCGCUGCAGAGGCAAAACCUCCGAGCGGACGGGCGGGGCCCUGAACACUUCCGGCGCUUGCGCAUCUCUUUUCGGCGAAGCAAUGGCCACGCUGAGGUUUCUCUAGGACGCACGCGCUGUUUGGCGCAGGUCGUCGCCAGCCCGUUUGCGCUGCUGCCCACAGACCGCGCAUCUGAUGGCGAGCUCUCUUUUCGUGUGAAUCUCUCUCCCUCGAUCCCCCCGACCUGUGCGGAGCUCGCGAGUCAGACGGGGCUUGCCGUCACGCUGGCUGCUGCUGAAGGCAGCGCGCGGCGCAACCUGAGGAGUUCCGAGCUCGAGAAGGAGCUGGAGCGCAUGCUGCGCCGGCUGCUCAAAGACAGCGGCGUCAUCGACACAGAGGCCCUCUGCAUCCAAAGUGGCCGCUGGGCUUGGCACGUGAGGGUGGCAGUCACGGUGGUGGAAGACGACGGGAAUCUGCGAGACGCCUGUCUGUUGGCCGCCCUCUGCGGGCUCAUGCACUUCAAAAAGGAGGCUGUCACGUUUGAGGGCGACCAGGCAGUCCUCCACAGUGCGGCAGAUCGCGAGCCGCUGCCUCUUUGCAUUCACCACCUUCCGCUCUUGGUUUCGUUCGCCUUCCUGCCUCCAGUGAGCUCCCUCCUCAACCGCAGCAGCGGCGGCCAGGUGAAAGAAGAAGACGACGACGACAGUGCGGCGUCGUGUGCCUCACAGAAGGCAGGAAAGGCCGGGGACGCAGAGGACGAGCUCAAAUUCGUCGUCGACCCUUCGGCGAUCGAGGAGGCGACGCUUCCCGGGAAGGUCUCGAUCGCGGUGGGCAAGCAGGGAGAGCUCUGUGGCAUGUUCAAGGUGGGCGGUCCCGUUCUGCGCUUCAGCCACCUCGUGCAGCUCACCAAAAUCGCGGCGGAAAAGGCAAAGGAGCUCUUGUCCGUUGUGCAGGCUGCGAUCAAAGAAGACUGCGAGCGCCAGCAGCGGCUGCUGCGCUCGAACGCGCAAAGCCGGUACGAGGAGCCCUGUGUCGUGCUCGCGCUGCCAGAGAAGCAUACACUGCCUCUCCCCUCUACUUCGCUGCCGGAUCUUAGUCACCUUCCGGCAGUCCCUGCGCCGCGCUCGGCGGCGGCGUCUCCUGUACGAGCGGGCGUUAGAGCCGCCUCUGCCUCAGUCUCAUUCGCUCCCUCGUGCCCCGUCCCUACGGGUGAUUCGGUCGAUCGCUCCGGCUCGUCCGACUCUGUUGCGUCGUCGUCGUCCCCCGACUCAGCUCUCGGAGCACUGCCGGCAGCAAAGGCGCGAGCGGCUGGCGAAGGAGGGUCUUCGGGAGGAGUCAAGCACUCAAAGUGGACUGAUGAAAGCCGAGGACUCUGCAACUGA